GUAAAUAUUUAGACUGAAAGCGCAAAGGGUAUACAAACAAUCUGCUUUUUGACGCAGAACUUUCCGCAGCAGCUCCUGUAGGCCAGGGUCGUCACUCCACUGCAAGUCCAUGCUGCUCUCCCAUUAGCCUGCAUCCAGACACAAUGUCCAAACCGUCAGGCUCUUCAGAACCCGCCGGAGCAGUGGACGUCACUACCCUCUCUGUUCCCCAACUUCGCGCCCUCCAAACCCGCCUCAGCACCGAACUCGAACAUCUCACCACCUCACACGCCAAGCUACGCACAGCGCAGUCCAAAUUUCGGGAAUGCAUUCGCUCAAUAGACGCUGGCGUGGUCAAGAGUGCAACCGAAAAGGCCGAGGGGAAGAGCGAGAUACUAGUCCCGCUGACCAAUUCGUUAUACGUCAAGGGCCAGCUCGCGGAUAGGGAGAAAGUUAUCGUCGAUGUUGGAACGGGGUUUUACGUUGAGAAAUCGACCUCCAAAGCUAUUGAAUUCUACAACGGAAAGGUAGAGGAGUUGCAGACAAACUUACGUGAUCUGGAGAAAGUACUGCAAGCAAAAACUACCAAUCAUAGAGUCAUUGAAGAUGUCUUGCGGCAGAAGCUUCUUGCUGGCGAAGGGGCUGCUGUGCCGAGUUCUUCGGGAGGUGGAGGGGGUGCGUAAUGUAUCAGUCACGCUCAUAUGUACCGAGAGAUGCCACCAUUUCCCCAAAAUACCUUAAUUUCUGAAUUAUCUUGAAACCAAUGGCCCUGGGAGACGGGCAAUGAUAUUGUAAUAAGGAGUUUACUCUGGCUAUUGAAUAUGCUGAUGCCACGGCUGUGACGUGAAACUGAUAACAUAGAGCAAUAAGUCCAGAAAGUAUAAAUGAAAAAUACGUGACAUCUUUGCUUUAUGGUAUUUCUGUGGUUUGGUAUCCCACUACUGCUGCUAGAAAUUGACCACAAUAACAGUUGGAAUCUCUGCUUCGCACUUUUUCUUCGUUUUGAUUCGAUCGCUAUUUAGCAAUGUGAGCCCAAGACUUACCCUUUGAUGAAUUUCCAGGCCUUGCCGUAGUCCCAAUAGCGAGGGUUGAUGAACUCGCCGUACGUUGGUUGGAAGCGAGAUUCAUCGGCACUACGGUACCACUCUUGGGCCCGGGGCAAAGCACCACCGAAACACGUUUGAGGAGUUCCAUGAACUGAUCAAAACCUGUACAUGCACCAGAUGGAUCCGGAGUAUUAAUAUCAGGGAAAAAAGUGCUUAAAGAUGGGACCCAAUCCGCCGUAUGGCCGAGUCGAAAAUUUGCAUGCUGUCCAAGCACAUUAUCCCACUGUAGGUCGAAAAUCGAGGCGCCCCAAGAGACCACUGGGUGUUCUGUUAAUUCAUUGGUGCCCGGCAUCGCGCGAAAAUACUCAUCGUAGCGCGCAACCUCCAAAAUAUAGCUGGUGCCCUUCAGUCGGUAGCGUAAUGCAGUCUUUUCAACAAGUCUGCUGACUGGAACAGCGUUUGAAAAUGUGACUUUCCGUGUAGUAUUUUCACGUAGGUCCAGAUCAGCACCAGGUUUAAACUGGAUUGAAUGCGAAAAUGCUCUUAGCGCCUGUGCAAUACUUGAGGGUGCUUGGAAGUCUACAGCGCAAAUCUCGAGCUGCC